AUGGCGAUAAGAAAAAAAAGGGCGUACGCCGCGGUGUCGGCCAACUCGCCGAGCUCCGAGAACCGGGCCAACCUGAGGCGCAGCGUAAGGGACGAGCCGGCCCCGCAUCCCGCCCGGCUGCGCAAACACCGGCACGGCUGGACCCUGCAGUUCGGCAGGCAGGGCCUCAUCGGGGCCAAUUGCACCAAAAGCCUCGUUCUACUGCUGAUACUCGUGCUCGCGCUCCUCGGCAUCGGCGGAGUCGCGCUCUACAUAGUCUUCGAACCAGAGAAGCUUCACGUGAUCCAGCAGUACCUGCGCUCGGGCGCGCGCAACGAGAGCUCGGCGACGAGUUACGCCGAGCCGGGCGGUAACCACCUCCUGCCCCUCGAGCCGGUCUCCCCGACGUCGCCGCUGCUCGACGCCCUCUUCAACGGCAGCAACCUGCCGCCGGGCUUCGACUCCAACGACCUCGGCGAGCCCGUCUUCGUGACCGCGUGGACCACCACCUCGACGAGUACCACCCGCAGGCCGUCGAGCACGACGACUACGAGUAGCACGACUACGACGACUACUACGACGACUACGACGGCGAGUCCCAGGCCACAGAGUAGCGGCACGGCGCGGACCACCACGGCGAGGGCGGCGACGUUGCUGUUCCUGGAGGCGCACUCGAGGCGGCGGCUCUGCCACGAGUGUUACGCCGACGAGGUCUGCGUGGCGAGGAACGCGGACGAGACGCCGUACUGCAGGGCGCCCCUCGACCCCGUGCCCGGCGACGGCUGCGGCGGCUUGUGCGACGCCAAGAGCCAAAAGUGCCAUAAGCUCGACGGCGGUGCUUUUAGAUGCACGGAAAGCGAGCACCUCUGCCUGGACGACGAAUGGACGUGCCUCAACAUAUUCUGCAUACCUCUGGUGAAGCGGUGCGACGGCCAGAUGAAUUGCUACGACCACUCGGACGAGUACAAUUGCGAAUGUAAUUUAGAGACGCACUUCCACUGUGGCAACCAAACCUCGUGCCUUCCGCUGUCGAAAAAAUGUGAUGGACACGUGGAUUGUUUCGACGCCACGGACGAGGAGAACUGCACAACGAGUCAUGAACUUGGUAGGCUUUGCCCAUCGAAGGACGAGUUCACGUGCAGGAACAAGCAGCAGUGCAUACGUCGAAGCCGCUUCUGUGACGGCUACCGCGACUGCAAGGACGGCUCGGACGAGCCCCACGGCUGCCAGGGCCGAUGCAACAAGCACGAGUCCACCUGCCUAAACGGCAGGUGCAUCAACAAGGGAGACAAGUGCAACGGCAUCGACGAUUGCGGCGACAACAGCGACGAGCAACACUGCCGGGAGCGAUUGUAAAAUUUAAGGAAUUAACAAAUACAAAAAUGCACGAAUGCGUAUUUAUCGAGAGGCGACAAGCGUAUAGCAUUAUUUUUCAAACUUGUUAUAUCAUGUACACUAUUAAUAAUAUCAUUAUUAUUAUUACUACACGUAUAUAUAUGAAGAGAGAUACGAAUAACGACGCUGAGCGCGAAUUUGUAUCAUAGUGUGGGGGAGAAAAAAAAAAUGUCAAUUUUGGUGGAAAAAAAGGCGAGACGUUCCGCAAAGUCGAUAAAAAUGCGGCUUGUCGAGUUUUCGUGUCACACACACACACAGAUUACACAGACAGACGUACACAGUAUUUGGAGUGGAAGGAUUAGGGAUAUCGAAUAAAGCACGAGUAUUGUAAUUUGUAUAGGUAGAAUAUAAGGAAGGAGAAUCAUGUUAUAUAUAUAGAUUGGUUAAUUAAUUAGUUAUAAUUUUAUUUGCAGAAUUAAAAAAGUUUCGGAUAUACGAUUAGUAUAAUGAUUAUUGAUGUAUUAUGGAGACAAAAAAAAGACAAUGACA